AUGAACUCCACCACAGCAGGAGUUUCCACCAACACCACAACUCCUUUCCCACUGGACAGUGUUCCUUUGUUCAGCAUCAAUGUCUUGUUUGGUCUUCCUACACACUCCUAUGUCAUAUGGCUCAUCGUCACAGGAACAGGAAGUGGAGUUGCAUCAGAGUUCUUCAACCUCAAUAACUCUUUUUGUGAGAUUGGUAUCUGUGUGGACUUUUUGUUCUUUAUAUUGUCAAGUUAUAUUUCAAGUCUCUUUCCAUUAGCCCUGUAUUUUCAAGGACUUGUCAUCACUGGUCGUCCUCUGUUUCAGUGUCUGAUCUGUGUUGAGCGUUACCUGGCAGUGGUUCAUCCUGUAACCUUUCUGAAGUUCAAACCUCUCAGAUAUAGAGUGAUCUGCUGCACUGUGGCCUGGAUAAUCACUCUUGGAUCCUGUUUGAUCUGCCUGAUCAUAUUAUUGUUUUCUACCAUUACUGUGCAUGCAUGGUUCUUCUCAAUGCAGUUUAUACUCUAUCUCCCCAUCCAGUUGUUCUUUCUUGUGGCUGUUCUCAGAACUCUGAAGCAGUCAGGACCAGGAGAGAGAGAGAAAGAGAGAGGGAGAGUGAGCGAUGAGAAAAACCACAUGAAGAGAAGAGCAUUUUAUCUCAUCCUAAUAACUACUGUGAGCAUGACUAUCACAUAUGUGCCAACUACUAUCACUGGAAUCUUCACCAUUGUGAUACACCAGUUUAAUUCGAUAAUUUGGGUCCCUUCUAUGAUUUGUUAUGUACUGGCUAGUUUUGUUCAGCCCGUUCUUUAUCUGCACCGGGCUAGAAAUCUAUCUUGCCCCUGUUCUCAAUAA